AUGCCAGCCAGAUUUAAGGCUAAAAAAGACAAAGAAGUACAAAAAAAGAUUCAAGGACUGGAAGUUAAAUGUAGUUAUUUUGAUAACGGGUGUAAAUGGACCGGGCCGCUGAAAGAACUUCAGCAAAAUUUUAACUUGCAGAAUCAUACUUUCAACUGUAAUUAUGCUGAUAUAGUUUGUCCAAAAGGUUGUGGUGAAAUAAUUUCAAAAGUUAAUCAAGCAAAACACUUGGCUGAAGACUGUGGUAGAAGAGUUAAAAAUUGCGACUUUUGUCAAAAAGAAGUGUCAGUUAAAGGAAUGGAAGUACAUUUGAAGGUAAGUGUUAUCAAAACUUUUGUCAAAACCAUCAAGAUAUGUCCGUCAUUUAUCAUGGAUUGUCCAUUUCAAUGUGGACUCGAGCAGGUCACUAGAGAAGUCAUAAAAAACCAUUUGCAAGUAUGCCCAAAUGCCGAAACUGUUUGCCCAUUCGCUCAUUUUGGAUGCACCUAUACGGGAGGUAAAGAUAACCUGCAAGAACACAUCAGCUCCCAACCAAUUCUCCAUAUGUCGCUUCUUUGCGAUGGAGUUCUUGAUUUAAAGUGCUUAACCCUGGAGAAACUUUACGGAUCACAAAUGAUCUGGCGUAUAGACAACGUAAAACAAAAGCAAAAUGAAGCGAGGUCUGGAGCAAGAACAACCAUUUUUUCAAACCCAUUUAUGACUGGAAGACAUGGUUAUAAAAUGUUGUUGAGUGCAUCGCUCUAUGGAGACGGAACAAUGCGAGGACAAUACCUGUCAGUCUUUGUUGGUAUUAUGAAAGGCGAAUACGACGCACUACUGGACUGGCCUUUUACACACCGUAUUACUCUUACGCUAAUGGAUCAAAACCCUGACCCAGACGUCCGUAACAACAUCAUCUACGUGAUAGAACCAAGCCCAAUUGCCGCACACAAACCGUUCCUAGACCGACCAAUUAGCGAACGAAACGCUUCAUUUGGGGCAGUGAAGUUCUGUGAAUUGGAAAUAGCUGAAAAGUUCAUUGUAGAUGACGUUAUGUUUAUCAAAUGCGACGUUGAUACGAGCAAAAUGCACCCAAUCUAG